CCGCCCGCCGCCGCGCCCGCCGCACGUGUCGCGGCCCGCCGUGCCGGCACCCGCGACUGCUCCCGAGGCCUAUAACCAAACAUAUCAUUGCUCCUAAGGUGUUAAGUUUGUGUAUGCGGUUGUGAUAAUUUUCCUGAGAACUGGAUAGUACACUUUUUAGAUAUUAUACAAACUUAGAUACUGUUUACUUCAAUUGACGAAACUUUUGAUAUAACGAGCUAUUUUUUGUGUAGUCAAUUAUAGUGUUUAUGUAAUAAGUUAGUGUUUGGAUGACGUAUACGUAAAAACGGACGACAUGACUCAAGCGAACCAACAAAAUUUCACGAUGGAGUUAAGUCGGCGAACGUCACAAGACAUGUCGGAGCCGGCGCCCACACUCGCGAAGGGUCGCAGUGACGCCGGUCUGAGCAAGAGUUGUGCCGAGCGUCCGCCUGCUGUCGGUGAGAGCGCCAAUGCCGAGGACAAGACAGAGUUUGACUACGGCGCUGUGGCAGCAGCCGCGGCUGCGGUGGCGCGCGAAAGCAAGAACCCGUUCCUGCCCCAGGUGUAUCGCGCGAGUCGCCCGCACGGGCACUUUGAGAUGGGCCCGCGUGGUGUGGACUACUCGCCGCACCGCAUGGGCUUCGAGACGAGCGGCCGCGCGCGAGACUUGGGCCCACAGCGCUCCAGCUCGGUACAGGGCCACGAGCUGACGGAGCCGCCGCCGGGCGUGGCGCACCGGGCUUAUUUCGGCAACCAGUUGGCGCACCCGGACCUCUUCCGGCACGAAUACUACGCGCAGAUGGGAUUUUCACCGCCGCGCGCAUCGCGCUUUUCCUCACAGGAGUAUCUCAACGCGCCGGCGCAGUUCGGCCGCUGGCCCGACUAUCGCGCCGAGUACCGCCAUCGGCGCCGCUCCCAGCAGGACCUGCUCGCGAUCGAGCGCAACGCUGGCGCCGAGACAGGUACAUCUGUCCCCUAAUUAAUGCGAUACCGAAUGAAGGGACUGUUUACGCGUAGUUACGAUGUGGGAAUGGCAACACCGAUUAUGUAGACUGAAUAUGUCGAUAAAACGAGCUCUUAGGUUUUUACUAUCGCAACAUUAAAAUAGAAAUGAAACUUUUGUCGGACCCAAUGCAACAAACCAACCUUUCGAGCACUUUACAGGUCCCAUGGUCAUGUCUGAUUGAAAUGGUGUUAGUAAUCAAAUUUUAAUAAUUACGUAUAUACAAGAGUAUUAAUGCCAAACACCCUGUUCUGAACUAUAGGUAUAGAAAUGAUCAGUUCUAUUAUAACU